AUGGCGGAGGAAGGCGAGACUAAUGGUACAUCUUCACUGGAGGAUAUCACUGACAAUGCAGAAGAUAUAUGGAAAUAUUUUAAAAAAGGGCUGAAAGAACUCCGAGAGCGUUGCAAUUGUUGCAAGAAUGCCUCCACAACCAAUGUUGCUACAGCAACAGCUGCCGCCGUGGUUCUUGUUGCGGUUAUCGCUGGCAUUAUUGUUGCAGUUGUACUUGUCACUGGUACAACUGCAGAAAUUUCAAGUAACGUAACAAACACUGCAAAUGUGAGUACGUUUAUCCCGACUACCACCUUGUUUACAACUAAUGAGUUUACGUCCGUUGACAUUACUACAACAGAGCCAGACACAACUACAGUAGAAGUGUCUACAAUGCCCAGUACUACAGAGAAAACGACGGAACCUGCAGACACUACUACAGAUGAAGUGUCUACAAUGCCCAGUACUACAGAGAAAACGACGGAACCUGCAGACACAACUACAGAUGAAGUGUCUACAAUGCCCAGUACUACAGAGAAAACGACGGAACCAGACACAACUACAGAAGAAGUGUCUGCAAUGCGCAGUACUACAGAGAAAACGACGGAACCAGAGAUGGUGACAACAAUUGACGUAACUACUGAAAGUUGGACAAGAACUACACUACCAUUUCCUACCAUACCACCGACUACAGCAACACAUGACCCUACCACUCGAGAUCGUAGGUAUAUUGAUAUAGAAUGCAUUCGUUACUACGUGUACAAUGACACACAGACAUGGGAAAGUUCUGAACAAUUGUGUGAAAACGUCGGUGCUGUGCUGGCUUCUUUGUAUACGAGCAAAAUCAGCGACGGUGUCAUACAAUUCAUCAUAGACCGUAAUCUGGACGAUGGAACAAUCAGCUAUUGGAUUGGAUUGAAUGACAUUUCAGAAGAGGGAAGUUUUGAAUGGCUCAAUGGAGAUCCAUAUGGAUACACAAAUUGGGCGCCUCGUAAUCCAGAUAAUUGGAGAAAUCAAGACUGUGGGCAAUUGUGGACCUCUCGAAAUUUUCAAUGGGAUGAUGACAUCUGUUCCAACGAUAAUGGAUACAUAUGUCAAAGCCCUCUAGAUGAUUGUAGCGACACUACUACACCAGGAUGGGCAAGUGAUGUCUCCAGCACGAAAGUCCCAUCAACGGCAUUUACCUCGUCAACACUUUAUCCUGAUCGCCGGUACAUUGAUAUUGGUUGCAGCCGAUACAGUGUUCAUAAUGACACACAGACAUGGGCAAAUUCUGAGCAAUUGUGUGAAGACAUGGGUGCUGUGUUGGCUUCUUUGUAUACGAGUACAGUCAGCGACGAUGUCAUACAAUUCAUCAUAGACAGUAAUAUGGAUGAUGGAGCAAUCAACUAUUGGAUUGGAUUGAAUGAACAUUUCAGAAGAGGGAAGUUUUGA